GCACGUCUCUGCCCCCUGCAGCCCAUGGACACAGAAGCUGAGCUGCAGUUUCGCCCGCGGAUGGGGAAGGCGGCCUCGGCUCCUCUGUUGCCAGAAGUGGAGGCUUACCUGCAGCUGCUCCUUGUUAUCUACCUGAUGAACAGCAAGCGAUAUCCGGAGGCUCAAAAAGUGUCUGAUGACCUGAUGCAAAAGAUCAGCUCCCAGAACCGCCGGGCCCUUGACCUGGUGGUGGCAAAGUGUUAUUACUACCACUCCCGCAUCUAUGAAUUCCUGAAUAAACUCGAUGUGGUCAGGAGCUUCCUGCACGCCCGGCUGCGGACGGCCACGCUGCGCCACGAUGCAGACGGCCAGGCCACGCUGCUCAACCUGCUGCUGAGGAAUUAUCUCCACUACAACCUCUACGACCAAGCGGAGAAACUCGUCUCCAAGUCGGUGUUUCCCGAGCAGGCCAACAACAACGAGUGGGCCCGGUACCUCUAUUACACAGGGCGCAUCAAGGCCAUUCAGCUGGAGUACUCGGAGGCCAGGAGGACCAUGACGAACGCUCUGCGGAAGGCACCGCAGCACACAGCUGUUGGCUUCAAGCAGACAGUGCACAAGCUGCUCAUCGUGGUGGAACUGCUGCUCGGGGAGAUCCCGGAUAGGCUGCAGUUCAGACAGCCGUCCCUGAAGCGCUCGCUCAUGCCGUACUUCCUGCUGACUCAGGCCGUCAGGACUGGGAACCUGGCCAAGUUCAACCAAGUCCUCGAUCAGUUUGGGGACAAGUUCCAGGCCGAUGGCACCUACACACUGAUCAUUCGUUUGAGGCACAACGUCAUCAAGACGGGUGUCCGCAUGAUCAGCCUCUCCUACUCCCGCAUCUCCCUGGCUGACAUUGCCCAGAAGCUGCAGCUGGACAGCCCCGAGGAUGCGGAGUUCAUUGUUGCCAAGGCCAUCCGGGAUGGCGUGAUUGAGGCCAGCAUUAACCACGAGAAGGGCUACGUGCAGUCAAAAGAGAUGAUUGACAUCUACUCGACCCGGGAGCCCCAGCUGGCGUUCCACCAGCGUAUCUCCUUCUGCCUCGACAUCCACAACAUGUCAGUCAAGGCCAUGAGGUUCCCACCCAAAUCUUACAACAAGGACUUGGAAUCUGCAGAGGAGCGCCGGGAGCGCGAGCAGCAGGACCUGGAGUUCGCAAAGGAGAUGGCAGAGGACGAUGACGACGGUUUCCCGUGACCUCUGGCCUGGCUCUGUUUUUUUUAUUUGUCCUUAGGGAAAAUGCUGUCUGAGGAGAGCUGCCCCACGCGGCCCCGGUCCCCCCUCUGCCUUUCUUUUAUAAGUACCUGCAUGUCUGUACUGGGAGUGGGGGGCACGCAGGGUUCAUCGGCCCCCAGCCACAGGCCCUGACCUCCUGUUCCCUCACCCACAGAGGGAAACCCCUUCCCCAAUAAACAAACAUUCUUUUGAGGUUGCCUGUGGUCAGUUGUUGCUGAGCCCUGUGGGGCACACACAGAUCCAAGAGAGUGGGAGCUCCUGUGGCCGGGGCCGCGAUAGCGGGGCUCCCUGGGCAUCACUGUUACCCCUACAGCUCUUGCACUGAUUGAGGGGUCAGACUUUGUUAAGCUUCAAUUAUGACUUUAAAAUAAAACUUGGAAAAACA